GCGGCGGCCGCCAUAGCAACGGCGGCGGGAUGAACGCGCCUCCGGCCUUCGAGUCCUUCCUGCUCUUCGAGGGCGAGAAAAAGAUCACCAUCAACAAGGACACGAAGGUGCCCAACGCCUGCUUGUUCACCAUCAACAAGGAGGACCACACGCUGGGGAACAUCAUUAAGUCGCAGUUGCUCAAAGACCCGCAGGUGUUGUUUGCAGGGUAUAAAGUGCCACACCCUCUGGAACAUAAAAUUAUCAUCCGUGUYCAAACCACCCCUGAUUACAGCCCCCAGGAAGCUUUCACCAAUGCAAUCACGGAUCUGAUCAGUGAACUCUCCCUCCUGGAGGAGAGGUUCAGGGUUGCUAUUAAGGACAAACAAGAAGGAAUUGAGUAAAAUACUCCCUUUGGAGCAGACUGUUACUUCUGAGGCAGAAUGACGUGUCUGGCAGCUGGGUGAAAUAUUUAAACCUCCAUUCAUGGCAAAUAUUUUCCCCCUUGUCCCUCUUCUUUUUAAUUUUUGACAGCACCGGCGAUAUUUUGAGUUUGUUAUUUUUUAAUAGCAGACAGGCACUGUGCCAAGAGGAUAAAUGUCUUGCUGGAUUUGGUGGAUAAGCCAUUAAAAUGAUUUUUAGUUUUCUAAUUGGAGCUUUAAGGCAAAUAUUUGUCCUGGGCUGAUGGGGARGUUAUUGUGGGUACAAUUCCAGCAUGAGAAGCUGCUCGGUGACAGCUGUAGCUGAACUCUCUGCUUUUCCUGCCAAAAAAUCCAGGCACUGCCAACUGAACUGGUAUUUUGUUUUAUUAAGUGUCAUUUCUAUAAAACAAAUGCACAAAUUGUGAAAACUUACAGUAAAAGAAACCGGAUGUUUACAAUGA